AACUGAUUUCACAUUGAGAAUUCGGGAGAUGUAUUGAAAGAGUACUUUUUUUUAGUGUAUCUGUUAUCACAAGUGUUGACGUAGAGCUAAAUUGUUGCCUGGAGAUCGACGAGAGUCAGUCUUUUUCUGACCGUUCUGCAGCGACAAUGUCCUUCUGUGAACCAAUAGUUCGCGAUGAGGUCUACGAGAAGGCCAGAUACAUGGAAUGGACUGACUAUUCGCGUUUUGGAAAUUUCAAUCAUGAUGAUGUUCCCAGUGCUAAAAAAUGGACCAAGAGAACAUAUUUCUUUCCCACGCACUACCAAAGAUGUGUAGAGGACAUUGAGAACUUCCAGGUACGGCCAGAUGAUGUCUGGGUUGUAACUUUCCCGAAAUGUGGCACAACUUGGACACAGGAGAUGGUGUGGCAGAUUUGCAAUGAUUUGGACUUUAAAAAAGGCAAAUCAAUUGGUUUGAAUGCCCGAUUUCCCUUUUUUGAGUUUGGUGCUCUGAUGCCAGAAGAAACUGGAUUUGAUCCCAUCAGCCUGCUCAACAAAAUGCCAUCUCCGAGGUUUAUCAAGAGUCAUCUUCCAGCUCCUCUUCUGCCCAAACAAAUCUGGACAGUUAAGCCUAAGAUAAUCUAUGUGGUGAGAAAUGCCAAAGAUGUUCUGGUAUCAUUCUAUCAUCACUACAGAAAUCUUCAGGAAUAUCGUCAAAGUUUCAGCAACUUUGCAGAAGCCUUCAUGAAUGAUAUGAUAAUUUAUGCUCCAUUUGAUACACAUAUUGUUGAUUUCUGGCACAUGAGGAAUGAGGACAAUAUACUCUUUCUGACAUACGAAGACAUGAAGAAGGAUCAUCCAACUAUUAUUGAGAAAACCGCUGAAUUUUUAGGAAAAUCCUUAAAUGAAGAUCAAAUCCUCGAACUUGCUGAUCAUCUUACCUUCGACAAGAUGUCCAAAAAUGAGUCGGUAGACCUCUUGCUCGAGAUUAAGGAUUUGUCAAGUACCCUGAAAGUCACCAAGAUUGAUGAAGACUUUGCCUUUGUGAGGAAGGGAAAAGUAGGAUCUUACAGAGAGGAAAUGCCUGCAGAAAUGGUUGUAAAGUUCAACGAAUGGCUACAGAAGAGACUAAAUGACUUGAAUGUUGAUCCUGAACUUAGGAAGUUAUUCUUUCUUCAAGAACAGCACUAGUUACAAGGUCUUUGCACCUCAGUAACAUUCAUCUCUGAUCUCCCAGCUCAAUAAAUAUGAGCCAUACAACUGAGAUCACUUUAUCACACCAAUCACAUUUAUUAUUCUUGUAUGUACCAGUUUAACUAUGUAAAUUUAAAUUUGUGUAUAUUUUGUCUAGAAAAUAAAUAGUUACAGAAUGAAA